UGUGUGUGUGUGGGUGUGUGGUUUUUGUGUGUGUGUGUGUGUUUUUGUCCCUUUUUUUAAAAAAGAUUUUUUUUUCUUCAUCAUCAUCAUCAUCAAGACAGGGUCUCAUUAUGCAGGCUGGCCCUGCAUUCAGAGACCCACCUGCCUCUGUCUUCCAAGUGCUGGAACUAAAGAUGUGCUGGGUCACAUGUAGUCCAGGUGAGCCUUAGAUUUGAUAUGUGACUGACUGUUGUUUAAGAUUUAUUUUUAUUUCAAACUAUGUGUAUGGGAUUCCUGUUUGAAUAUAUACACACGAAUUACAGUGCCUAAGGAGGCUAAAACAGGGUAUCAACUCUCUUGGGACUGGAAUUAAGGGCUAUUGUGAGCUGACAUAGGUGCUGGGAACAGAACUUGGGUCCUCGUGUAAAAGUAAUUCAGUCUUAACCACAGAGCUAUGUCUCCAACCACUGAUCCUAAACUUUUGAUCCUUCUGAAUACGUCCAGAAUGCUGGGCUUAUAGGUGUGCAACCACCAUGCCUAGUGUAUGUGGAGCUAGGAAAACUCUAGCAAUGGAACUAUGUCCCCAGCCUCACACAGUGCUUUUUGAAUACCAUGGGCUCUUGUCACUAGCUUGGAAGCCUGGAUGGGCUUUCAGGGAUGCCCAGGAAGAUGGACAUUUGAUCUCCCAGGGCUGUGCCAGCUCUGACUCAGCUUGGGGGCUGUCUUGUCUUGGUUCCUCCACACCCAACCAGGGACUUACAAGUAGCACGUGUUUAAAGCCCUCGCCUAAGAGGUCUGGGUAUUAGUCAUAGUAUCUUUUCAGCAAACCUUUGUUUUUGAGGCAAGGUCUUAUGAAGCCCAGGCUUUGAACUUGCCGGACAUCAGAAAAUGCCUUUGAACCCCCAGCAAACCUAUCUUAUGUACUAAGUGCUGAGUACAAUCCUAGUGGUAGAAGAUAUAUCACAGUGCAGAAAGACCCAGAGCCUAGACCGGUGUGGUAGCACAGCACUUGGGAAGCUGAGGCAAGGAAACAGCCAGUUCAAAGCUAUGUAGCAAGACCUCUUUCUCUAAACACUAAAUUAAAUGAAAUCUGGGACUUGUAGAGCAUGGUCUAGUAGAGAAGCGAGGCUGUAACUUGCUUGCUCUCUGCCUCACCUAAUAAACUAAAGUGGGUGAGAGGCAGGAGGAGUUCAUGGCUCUCAUUGAAUUCCUGAUGCAGCUAGUUAGAACACAUUUUCCAUGUGAAUGUAUGAGCUGAUGUAGAGUCAACCCCUUGGCUUCAAGAUAUCUAGUUCCCCGUCUGUUCCACCUUAAGUUCUGAGUUUUCCGGGGCUGGUAGCUCUAAUAUAGACACCCAAGUGACGCCCAGGUCAGGUCAUUUUGCACAUCAUUUUCAGUAGAUGGUUGGGUCCCACUUCCUGGAUGCAUGAUCUUGGACAAAACGCUUCCCUUUUGGGAGCCACAGUUGUGUUUCUACACUGUGUGAAGUUAUCUACAUCGGGGUUAACUCCUUCUCCUUUGGGCAAGUUCUGAGACUUGAGACAGGCACUCGUGUAGCCCCAGGUAGCUGAGGAGGACCUUGAUCUAUUCUCUAUCUCACAUCUCCCAAGUAUAGUGAUUCUGCAUGUCCAGCCCUCUGAGGGCAGUUCUGGUUAGAAACAUCCUCAGGUCAACCCACUGGGCCAACUACACAAAAAUAAAAGCAAUGUGCACAGUACCGGUUUCCCAAGUGGUCCACACACCUCAAGGCUGUGCAAAAGGAUGAACGCUCUCAGUGCUUCACUUCUGCAAUGGAUUCUACCAAGUCAUCAUAUAAUGGUAGCGGCUGGCACUUUAUGAUGGCUCUAUAAAACCAGCCCAUCAUAUUAAAAAAAAAUACCAAAGACAUUCAUUACAAGCAUAGAGCUCAGAGGACAACUUGUUGGUGCUGUUGGUUCUCUUUCUACCAAUGUGGCUCCUGGGGAUUGAAAUCAUUUUGCCAGGUCUUGUGGACAGCAACUUUACCCACCGAGCAACAAACCCACAAUCAGCAUUUUAGAAAACAGGAAAUAGAGGUACAGAUGAAGUAAUUUACAUCACAUUACACAGCAAGCAAGUAGCAAAGGACAUCGUUUAGCAGGAUCCUGCUCAUUGGUUCAGGGCCCAUAGCUUCCAGCCUCUUACAAUUUUUUAUUGUUGCACCCGGACCUUCAUUUACUAGAAAAACACCCUCAUUACAUAUAUUCUUAGACUUCAUGAAAGCAAUUAAAGAAAUUAAGCCAGUCAUAGUGACACCCAAGUGUUAUCCUAACACCUGGGAGAUGAAUGGAGGAGUUCCAGGCCAGCCUGUGCUUCAUAGCAAGACCUAGCCCCCCCCCCCCAAACAAUUAAAAUGUAUGCUUAAGUAUUAAGGCUAGUGCACCAUGAAAUCAACGAUAAGACUUACAAAACAGAUCGAUCAGUCGUUUAUACAACGCAUUUAUUCGAUACCUACUGUUGUGCACAACGUUUUCUAGAGCUCGGGAGAAAGGGUAUGUGAGACCUGAAUGUUAAGAGAUCAGGCCAGUGCUGUGCAGAAGGGCAGGCCGGGGCGGUCUGGGAACGCGCUGCGCAGUGCUAAAAUGCCCGCUCACCAAGUGCUCUGCGAAUAGACCUGUGAAUCCAAGCGUCACUCAAAGGAUUUUUGAGCUUCGGAUCUGCGCGGCUGGCCAGGCAUGAAGAAGCAGGCUCUCUAGCAGGGCUGACCAUGGUCCUUGCGCCACAGCGGCUCAAAAUCCCCAGGCUCGGAGAGACUUGAUACGCCACGCCUGGAGUCCGGGUCAUCCCCAAUGUUCCCAUCGCCUGGCACCCUCGGGGUCCGAUGCGGGAAAGCACACUACUGUCCCACCUCCUCUAGAAGCCUCGACCGCACUAUCUUUGCAAAUCUUCUGAAGUGCCCUGCGCAUCGUCCCGCAGAAGCCACUAUCUUGGGCCACGGAGCACAAGGGGUCCUCUCUAGGCGGGCCUGGCGCAGGGAUGCGGACACGUACGGAUCCCCCUAGCUCCUCUUCCACUACCAACCGGAAUACCAGCUCCAGGUUGCAGACCUACGGCACCAGAACGGAGCAGGCGCUCUAGCAGCCGGGCUCCGCCAGGAGGAGGGGGCGGUGCCGAUACUCCGUGCUCCCGCCCACAGAGUUUGCAGCUUUUUAUUGGCUUCCAGAUCUGCCGCUCUAGCGCUCUUCACUACGAUUGGUUAGAUGACACAUUAGAGGCGGACCCUUCUGUGGCUCCUCCUCGUAGCUGGGCGGAGGGGAGGAAGAGGAGGAGGAAGGGGAGGGGGGGCGGGACACAAAACCAGCAAGGUUUUUUUUUUUGCAUUUAAUUAAAAAAAUUUUUUUUGCAUACCCCAGGGGCGCUCCCCGGAGCGGGGCGCGGGGCCGGGCCGCGCGGGGCCGCUUCGUUGCAAGGGCGGCGGCGGGCCCGGGCGCAGCGGAGCCGGGCCCCGCCAUGCGAUCAGGCAGUGCGCUGACCGGCCCGGCCGGCCGGCCCCUUCUGGGUCCUCCCUGUGCAGCCCGUGCGGGGCCGUCCCGGAGACCCCGCGCCGACGGCUGCUCAAACAUCAGGCUGGCCCCACAAAGGACAUUGUCAAAGUCCCCAGCCCGGGGCCCUGCAUAGACCUGGAGUGGCCACCCCAUCCUUCCCUUCAUGAUUCGUUCAUAGCACAGUGGAAAUGGAUGAUGAGGAUGGGAGAUGCUUACUAGACGUGAUUUGUGACCCUCAGGCCCUCAAUGACUUCUUGCAUGGAUCCGAAAAGCUGGACAGUGAUGACCUCCUGGAUGCCCCUGUGGAGGCCCAAAGUGCCUUCUAUGAAGGUCCUGGGCUCCAUGUGCAGGAAGCUGCCGGCAACCACCUGAACCCUGAGCCCAGCCAACCUGCCCCCAGCGUGGACCUGGACUUCCUAGAAGAUGAUAUCCUGGGCUCCCCUGCAGCAGGAGGAGGUGGAGGGGGCGGCGGGGGCCCAGACCAGCCCUGUGACAUUCUUCAGCAGAGUCUUCAGGAGGCCAACAUCACAGAGCAGACCCUGGAGGCUGAGGCUGAACUGGACCUGGGCCCCUUCCAGCUGCCCACCCUACAGCCCGCUGACGGCGGGGCAGGUGCUACUGGAGCUGCAGGAGCUGCUGCAGUGACCGCAGGGCCCCAGGCUCUCUUCCCAGGCAGCGCAGAUCUGCUGGGGCUGCAAGCCCCGCCCACUGUACUUACCCACCAGGCCUUGGUGCCACCCCAGGAUGUGGUCAACAAGGCCCUGAGCGUCCAGCCCUUCCUACAGCCCGUGGGCCUGGGCAAUGUGACCCUUCAGCCCAUUCAAGGCCUCCAGGGCCUUCCCAAUGGCAGUCCUGGGGGCGCUACAGCAGCCACUUUGGGUCUGGCACCUAUUCAAGUGGUGGGCCAGCCCGUCAUGGCUCUCAAUCCACCCACCUCCCAGCUCUUGGCAAAGCAGGUGCCUGUCAGUGGCUACCUGGCCUCCGCAGCUGGUCCUUCAGAGCCAGUGACACUGGCAUCUGCCGGCGUGUCCCCCCAGGGAGCCGGCCUAGUCAUCCAGAAAAAUCUUCCAGCCGCAGUGACCACCACACUCAACGGGAACUCAGUCUUUGCCGGGACAGGGUCUGCCACUGCAGCAGCCAGUGGGGCACCCUCGGGACAGCCGCUGGCGGUGGCCCCGGGCCUUGGCACGUCACCACUGGUACAAGCACCCAAUGUGAUUUUACACAGAACCCCUACGCCCAUCCAGCCCAAGCCUGCAGGGGUACUGCCCCCCAAACUCUACCAGCUGACCCCCAAGCCCUUCACCCCCACGGGAGCCACCCUUACCAUCCAGGGUGAGCCAGGCACCUUGCCCCAGCAGCCUAAGGCCCCCCAGAACCUGACUUUUAUGGCCGCAGGCAAAGCUGGUCAGAACGUGGUGCUGUCUAGCUUCCCAGCACCGGCUUUGCAGGCGAAUGUAUUCAAGCAGCCACCAGUCACCACCACGGGGACAGCCCCGCCACAGCCACCCGGGGCCCUCAGCAAACCCAUGAGCGUCCACCUCCUCAAUCAAGGCAGUAGCAUCGUGAUCCCAGCCCAGCACAUGCUGCCUGGCCAGAACCAGUUCUUGCUGCCAGGCACCUCGGCUGUACAACUACCCCAGUCACUUUCUGCCCUGCCUGCCAACGUGGGAGGCCAGAUCCUCACAGCCGCAGCACCACAUGCAGGUGGACAGCUCAUUGCCAACCCAAUCCUCACCAACCAGAACCUGGCAGGCCCACUAAGUCUGGGCCCAGUGCUGGCACCCCACUCUGGGGCACACAGCGCUGCGCACAUCCUCUCUGCAGCUCCCAUCCAGGUGGGCCAGCCUGCCCUCUUCCAGAUGCCUGUGUCGCUGGCCACUGGCAGCCUGCCCACUCAGAGCCAGCCAGCUCCCACUGGCCCCACAGCCACCACCGUCCUCCAGGGUGUCACCCUGCCUCCCAGUGCUGUGGCCAUGCUUAACACACCUGAUGGGCUAGUGCAGCCCUCAACCCCAGCUGCCACCACUGGGGAAGCCACACCUGUUCUGGCCGUUCAACCUGCCACCCAGGUACCCCCUGCUGUCACCACACCACUGCCUAUGGGUCUCCAACAGUCACCGGCACAGCAGCCUCCACAGGCCCCUACUCCACAGGCGGCCACCCAGCCUCAGGCCACCCCUCCUCAGGCCAGUCCAGGCCUGGCAUCCAGCCCAGAGAAGAUAGUCCUGGGGCAGGCGCCCCCUGCGGCCACAACGGCCAUCCUCACUCAGGAUUCCCUCCAGAUGUUCCUGCCCCAGGAGAGGAGCCAGCAGCCCCUCUCUACAGAGGGUCCCCACCUCUCGGUGCCUGCCUCCGUCAUAGUCAGCGCCCCGCCUCCUGCCCAAGACCCAGCCCUGGCCACGCCCGUCACCAAAGGAGCUGGCCUUGGCGCUCAGACCCCCGACAACCGGGCUUCCCCAGCUCCAGCUCCCCAGAUCCCAGCAGCUGCUCCACUGAAAGCCCCUGGCCCUGCCUCCUCCCCAUCACUACCUCACCAGGCCCCCCUGGGAGACAGUCCCCACAUGCCCUCCCCACACCCUGCCAGGCCCCCUUCCCGCCCACCCUCGAGACCCCACUCACGCCCUCCAUCCCAGCCCCAGAGCCUGACCUGCCCACCCUCCGAGCCCACCCUGCACCCUUGCCCUCCACCCCAGGGUCCCCCAACUCUACCUGGCAUCUUUGUCAUCCAGAAUCAAUUGGGUGCCCCACCACCAGCCAGCACCCCAGCCCCCACAGCCCCAGGCCCACCCCAGCCCCCUCUGCGACCCCCAUCCCAGCCUCCUGAGGGCCCAUUGCCCCCAGCCUCCCACCUCCCUCCUGCCUCCACCCCUUCCGCUGUGGCCUCCUCCUCUGAGCCUUCUACCAGGUUGCCAGUCCCCACACCCCCUGACUUCCAGUUCCCACCAGGCCAGGGACCCCAUAAGUCCCCCACUCCACCACCAGCCCUCCAUUUGGUCCCUGAGCCCACGGCACCCCCUCCUCCACCACCUCGGACCUUCCAGAUGGUAACUGCCCCCUUCCCAGCGCUGCCCCAGCCAAAAGCACUUCUGGAACGAUUCCACCAGGUGCCAUCUGGGAUUAUUCUCCAGAAUAAGGCUGGGGGUACUCCCACCACCCCACAGACAUCCACCACCCUGGGGACCCUCACCAGUCCUACUGCCUCUGUGCUAGUCAGUGGACAGGCACCACCUGGGACUCCUGCUGCCUCUAGCCAUGCCCCAGCCUCCACACCUAUGGCCACCACAGGUCUCCCUCCUCUACUUCCUGCCGAAAACAAAGCUUUUGCCAGCAACCUUCCAACCCUGAGUGUGGCCAAAGCUACUGUGUCUGGGCCAGGGAAGUCCCCAGCGAUGCAGUAUGACAGCAAGUUGGGUAGCCUGAAGAAACAGCCCCUUCUGCAACCCAGCAAAGAAGCCUGCUUCCUGGAGCAUCUGCACAAACAUCAGGGUUCUGUCCUGCACCCUGAUUACAAGACAGCUUUCCCCUCCUUUGAGGACGCCCUCCAUCGCCUCCUGCCCUACCAUGUCUACCAAGGCGCCCUCCCCUCCCCCAAUGACUACCAUAAAGUGGAUGAAGAAUUUGAGACUGUCUCUACGCAGCUGCUCAAACGUACCCAGGCCAUGCUCAAUAAAUAUCGGCUUUUGCUUCUGGAAGAGUCCAGGAGAGUCAGUCCUUCCGCAGAGAUGGUUAUGAUCGACCGAAUGUUCAUUCAGGAGGAGAAGACCACCCUUGCCUUGGAUAAGCAGCUCGCCAAGGAGAAACCUGAUGAGUAUGUGUCUUCCUCCCGCUCCCUUGGCUUCCCUGUCCCAGUGUCUUCCGAGGGUCACCGGCUCCCCAGCCACGGCCCAUCUUCUUCAUCCUCCACAUCUGGAACAUCUGCCCAGCCCCCUCCUCACCCGCCCACCAAGCUAGUGAUCCGGCAUGGCGGAGCUGGCGGCUCCCCCUCAGUGACCUGGGCCCGGGCAUCAUCCUCCUUGUCAUCAACGUCCUCAUCCUCAUCCUCAUCCUCUGUCGCCUCAUCCCUGGACGCAGAUGAGGACGGCCCCAUGCCCUCCCGUAGCCGGCCACCCAUUAAGACCUAUGAGGCCCGGAGCCGCAUUGGCCUCAAACUCAAGAUCAAGCAGGAGGCGGGGCUCAGCAAGGUGGUGCACAACACUGCAUUGGAUCCUGUACACCAGCCCUUGCCUGCUCCAACCCCUGCAAAAGGGGCUGAACCUCCGCCACACCCAGCUCCUCCCCCACUCCCACCUGCCACCCAGGCACAGAUGAAUGGCACUCUGGACCAUCCCCCACCCAUAGUACGCAAACCCACGGUGCCUGCGUCCUGCCCACGUCUACCACUGCGCAAGACCUACCGAGAAAACAUGGGCGAUCCUAGUGCCACUGAGGGUGCACAGGGACGGCCGCGGGGUGCGGGCAGCCCCACCCCACUGCCCACCAAGGUAGACGAAGCCACCAGUGGGCUGAUCCGGGAGCUGGCAGCGGUGGAGGACGAAUUGUAUCAGCGGGUUCUGAAGGGCGGCCCACCACCCCCGGAGACCCCAGCCUCUGCUACUAGCCAAGGCCCCACAGAAUCUGGUUGGGAAGCACCCAUGCUACCCCCAACCAAACGACGCAAGUCUGAGUCCCCGGACGUGGACCAGGCCAGCUUCUCUAGUGACAGCCCGCAGGAUGAUACACUCACUGAGCAUUUGCAGAGUGCCAUCGACAGCAUCCUUAACCUGCAGCAGGCCCCCGGCCGGACACCUGCAGGCCCAUACCCCCAUACGGGCCCCACGCCUGGCACCCCCACAUCCCCAGCUCCUCUGCACAGGCCUGACGCCUUCCCACCCUCUAGUCACAAUGGUGGCCUCGGCGCCAGGACGUUGAACAGAUAACACUGGGCUGCUCCUGCAGCCCUUAUCGGGUGCCGCCAACCCCACUUCCAGGAGAGCAGCCUGACAGCCAACCUCCACCUCCCAGGGGCACUAACCCAGUUCCCCUGACAAUUCUUGCCUAAGUUAUUUGAGUCACAAAGGCCUCCCCACCUUUCUGCUUCCACGUUGGCUAGAGAUUUGGGAUGGGGUGUGGGUUUUCUAGGGGAAGGUGGGCUAUAAGGUACAACGUCCACCUGGCACAGCCAGGACAGGGGAUACGUGAGUGUUGUCCAGGACUGGGCUACUAGGGUGAUGCACUGGUAACAUCUGAAUACAAGGUCUUGUCUGUUUGGCUUCAUGGAUCACUGUCCAAGGCACUGAGAGCUGGGAGAGACCUUCAGAGAGGCUCGACUCUCAUCCUGUUGCCCACAGUCCCUGGAAAAUUAGGAAGCAGGGACUCAAGCCAGUGUUCCAAAGUACCUGCAUCCCAUCCAAACGUGCACUCGCCUGAGUCAUCCUGUGUGAGUGUGUGCGCGCACGAGAGAGAGAGCGAUUCCCACCAACCCCAUCCCUCCAGAGGAACAAGACACGGGGUCUUCCUUCCUUCUCCCAAGCAGUCUUCCCUGUAUUCUUCUUGCCUCCAGCCCACCACGCCACGUUUUGAAAUCUUGGAGACAAAACUAGUACUGUAAGAUAAAGAUUUUUUUUUGUACUGUAUUUAUUGUGUAUAACAAUUUUUUAAGGGAGAAUUCUGUACAUCUAGAACUCUUGUAAAUUAAAAGCUGAUCCUUUUUUUUAAAACUGUA